AUGGUAGAAACUGUGCUUUCGUCUCAUCAAUAUACUUCGGAUGAUGAUUCUUCUUCGGAUUUUCUUUCAGCUUUUGAAAACAGCAAGUUUCCUCAUGCAACGACAAAAAUUGCAAAAACAAUACCUCCUCUGAAAUUUCCCAAAUCAUCCUCUCAACAAGAUCUAUCGCUCAGGCAAUCAUCAUCACGAAGAAAUAAUGACACCAUCACCACUCCUAAAUCUUCAUCGAGGGAUAGGUACUCGAAAAAUACUACACCCUCCAAGCAAACACAAUCCUCGUCAAACAAAAAUUCGUCAUCGCGUUUACUGAACACCCAAUCGAGUCAAGUUGCCGUUGACAAUAACAACGUAAAAGAUGUAACUUCAACACCAACAAAAUUAGCUAACUCACGAAAACAAUCAGUAUCUUCGCUCCGACAAUUAGAAUCCUCUCUUCCAAAUAAGCCUCUCCAAGACAAACCCAACAGCACACCACGUUCCUCCAGAACAAGUACAAAUUCUCAGCAAUUGGGAAAGUCAACAAAUCAAACUCAAAAUAAUUUACCUCAUGUCAUCAACAACUCCAAAAUUAAUCAUCAAGAAAAUUCCAUCAAGCGAUUGACAUCCUCUAAAGUUGUCAAGGACUCUUCCAAAUCCUCCAAUCUCAACACUACCACUCCAAGAUCUUCCCGCACCUCUUCUUCCAUUAAUUCCAGUUCCAGCAGUACUAAUAAUUUAGGACAGCUUGUAAAAUCCCCCAUCCCUCCCUUAACCCAUGCUACCUCUUCUAAUUUAUCAACGAGUAACAAUGUCAAGACUGAAUGGAGUAAUAACUCUACCUCAGCCCUUUAUUUCUGCAGCAACAAUUCCGAGACGAACAGUAAGGAAUUAAAUAGCUCCCUAAAUUUUAACAAUUUAUCACAGAAAACAGUAACGUCUCAUGAACGUUCUGCAUUGCAAUCCUUUGAUACAUCACAAAAAACCAUCAAACCAAUAUCUGAUAUGAGCAAAAUAGAUGUCAAUCAUAGCGUACAAAAAUGCAUUGAUAAUCCAACAACUUCAUCUCGAAAAGAACUUUCAAAAGCAACCAAAAGCUCUUCUUUACCGAACAGUUCAAGAAAAAUGCAAGGAAAUAGCUCACAACAGAAAAAAUCACCACUUGGUACAAAUGUUGUUCUAUUUUCACAUGAUUUCGGUUUUGAAACAGAUUAUUAUCCAAACAUUCAGCCCAAUGAAAUUGAUCAUAUCAUUCAUGACGACGAUGAUGGAUCACCAGAUGACUCAUCCAUUGAAGUACUCACAGUUCGUUCUGCAGUUGAAGACAUGUUUUAUAAAACCCACAGUAAUUCUCAGACUCCUAGACUCGGAAAGCAAGGCUCUCAGAGCUCAUUGUAUGGUUCCACUUCUUCAUCGAGGUCAAAACAUAGCAAUACAAGCUCCCAUGACAAUGAAGAAGACAUACGAACCUUUAGUGAGAAGGAACUACGAAUGCUUCAGCAAAGCUUAUCCAAACACUCAGGAAGCAACCAUGUAGUUCAUGCAAAUAUUGAUGAUGAAAAAACAGAGAAUAAUUUUUGGGCUCAAGUUGAAAGAGAUCAUUUUUCGCUACUGAGCGACAGUGAAAAGAUGUACACACUGUUUUCGAGGUGGAUACAAGAGGAACAAGAAGAUGAAAUUAAGGAUCUCUACAAGCUCCAAUAUCAUGAGUGUGAUGUUCAAUCGACGGAAAGUUAUGAUCCACCACAAUUUCAAACCUAUGUACGUGACGAGUUAAGCAAACUGAAAAAAGCAUCAUCCAUCAUCUAUGAAGAAGCAUUUGUUCUAAUUGUAGACUAUUUCGUGAAUAUUAUUGUAUCACGGCAUGACCAAUCCUCAGUGUCGACCUCAUCAACAGUCGAUUUGCUUUUAGAGUGGUCCGAGUACAUUUCUCUCGAGUUUUUUGAUUACUUAGAUAUUAAGCGGAUAGGAAGUACUUCAAAAGAGUCUGUUUUUAUGAUUUUAUGUCUGAUAUCAGCUCAAUGCAAACGAAAAUUAUGCCUUUUUCUUGAAAUAUUUGGAGAAACGAUUUUUGAGCUGUGUCGUUCUUCCUCAAUUGUGUCCUCUAGUCGUAGCUUGAAACGCUCAUCAACUCAACCAAAGAUGACAAGUAUUCAUGAGGCAAGAAAAUUGGCAUUCAUGUGUGGUAUUGAUGAUAUUCAGUUCACAAAAACUCUUGUGAGAUAUAAUUAUCAGGAUUUGGAAUGGCUCGACUUGGAAACUUUUUUAAAAGUUUACAGGCACAUCUUCCUAAAGUUCGACAGAGGAACACUUCAUGAGAAGGACUACUUUGUUCCUCCCAUGAUUUCACCCUCGACUGACCGUGCCACAGCUCCUCCAAUCUCUGCAAGAAAAGUAGGUGGCAGUUGCAGUAGCGAGACGAGUAGUAGCAAUCGUAGUGGUGUACACCCUAACACACCUAUGGCUGUAGCGUCGACUAUUAGCACCAUCGUUUCGUCAACAACGAAUAGUAACAACAACAGUGCACAUCCUUCUCUUGAAGGCACAGCUCUUCAUAUGGACAGUCUGUGCUCCACCAUUAACUCCUCGUCGUCUGUUGUCAUUGAGACAGCGUCAACAUUGUCUGAAAUGUGCCAUCCUCCCUCAAAUGCAGUCACCUCGAAUCAAGAUGGUGUCAACAAAGCUCAAUCAACCCAGCAACAGCCAGCAGGUACUCUCUCAAGCGUUGCAAAUGCUUUAGCCAUCUUGGCGUCGUCAACGGUGACACCUCUUGCAACAUCAGUAACUCCUAACACUGAGAUGGAAAACUUUUAUGACCCUCCUUCAUCUGGACGAACACCAAAACAAAUCUACAGUAGCUCUAAAAAAAUUGCCUUUCCCCUUAGAGGUAUUUCACAAACUCAGCUGGUUGACACUCUUUCUGAGAAUUCCCAUCAGAACAGAACAACAACGAACAAACACAGUGAAAAUCUUGGAAAAGUACAACACUCUCUCAAGCAUGAAGAAACUCCCUAUUUCAUUGAAGAAGAAAUCAGCAAGAAGCAAAUACCAUUAGUCAGUGAUGAGAAAUUCUUGGAAGAAACCAAAGAAAAGGUCUUUGUACCUGCCCAUCCUCACAACGAUGUUCAUUCUUCAAAAAGCAAAUCCUCUUCAAAAUCUUCCACAAAAUCCUCAAACAGCAAACGCAACAAAUAUCUGGUCAAUGCCACCAAUGAUGUCACCAGUACACACAAGAAAACAGUGCAUUCCACCAAUGAAAAGAAAGGCAGUAGUCGAAAGAGGUGGAAAUGCUGUAUCAUGUAA